AUGGCGUCAACCAGAGGCAGCUGUCGUAUCGCCCGCGUCGUCGGGGCCGUAACCCCCAUGAACUGGCGGGAAGACCCGUCGUCAGAGCUGUCCCCGAACAGUUCCGUGGGCAACGGAUCGGAGAGCUCUCACCCGGCCCGGGGUCCUCGCAGCCUGGACGGCCUGGAGGGCGUGGCAGGGGCCGGCGCGGCACUGACGCUGUGGGCGCCGAUCGCGGGCGCCUACCUGGCCCUGUGCGCUGUAGGGCUGUUCGUGCUGACGCUGCCCUUCUGGGCCGUGGACGUGGUGCGCGACUUCAGCUGGCCCUUCGGGGGAGCCGUGUGCAAGGUAGUGCUGACGCUCACGGUGCUCAACAUGUACGCCAGCAGCUUCUUCUUUAGCGCCACGAGCGCGGAGCGCUGCUGUGCUGUCUCGGGCGCGCAGCGUUGCAGUCGUCCCGGCACCCCGUGGGCCGUCUGCGUGUACAGCCUGCUCUGGGCCACCGCAGUCCUGGCCGUCGUGCCCACUGCCCUGUUCGCCAGCGUGGGGGCUGAACGCUUGUGCCUGCUGUGCUUCCCCGACGGCAGUCCGGACUGGCUGGCCCUAUACCAUCUGCAAAAGAUCGCCGUGGCCUUUGUGCUGCCGCCUGCCACGCUGGCUACCUGUUCGCUUUUGCUCCUGCGCUUCCUGCGGCGGCUGCGCGGGCCAUCGGGCUACUGGCCCCGACGGCUCUCGCCGGUCACCCACGCGCUGUCCUGCGUGUUGUUGGCCUUCGUGCUCUGCUGGCUGCCCAACCAAGCACUCACGUUCUGGGGCGUGCCGAUCAAGCUGAACGCAGUACCUCGGGACCAUGCUUACUUCCUGGCGCAGGCCUUCCUCUUCCCCGUCUUCAUCUGCCAGGCGCACUCCAACAGCUGCCUCAACCGGCUGCUCUACUGCCUGCUGCUCUGCGACUUCCGUCAAGGUCUGCGAGAGCUGUGCGGCCGGGCAAGCGCCCCGCGGACCUCCGACCCGGGUCCCACAGCCGUGCCCCAGCAGCCACGCUCUCCAACCAGGCCUGAACCCCGAGAGGCGCACCUCUCAGGAAGGACCACUAGCAGCUGCGUCAUUACCGAGAGUGAUGGGGCAGAUUGUGCCACCCGGGGUUGGGGUGAUGACGUCAAGAAGCAGUGUCUGACUUAA